AUGCCGACCGAGCGCAAGAUGGACCUCAUCUCCAAGCUCCAGGACUUGGGAGAAGACGUGCCAACUGCCUGGAACACUCAGCAGAUCAAGGCCCGAUUGGCCGAGCUGAAGACUUUCCAGAAGGAAGGACAACAUGCUCUCCUGAAGAACCAAUUGACCGAGCUCAACCGUGCAGCUCGGAAGAAGGCAACUCUCGUUGUCUAUGCCCAGGGCUUGGAGAUCCCGGUGCGUCCCAACGACACCAUCAGUGUGCUCUAUGCCAAGUGCGAAGAGAGGAUCACGGUGGCGACGCCGCCGACGGGCAGCGACCUGGUGAACUUCGGCAAGCACUCAGACAAGAAGUACAAGGAGAUCCUGGAGGAAUGUCCCUCCUAUGCAGAGUGGAUCCUAACCACAGCCGACGAGAACCCAGAGUCGUCGUGGCGCCUGAAACGACUGGCACAGUGGUUGAAGAUCACCAUGGAGGAACAGCACAUCACACAGUUCAAGAAGACCGAGAAGGAUCUCCCUCCGUCGGGAUAUCAUCCCCGCCAUGCCAAGGGGAAUCCAAGCGGAUCAUCGACCGACCUGUCCGACGGGUCCUUCCUGAAAAUCCAGACCGACGAUUCCGACUCCGAAUUGAGUCGCUUGAAGACCGAACUGGACCAGCUCCGCUCAGAGAACAACAUGAUGGCUCUGCAAAUGUCGCGCAGCAAGACCCAUUAUUCUUCCUUUUACACACCAAUUUUUGCAAAGAAGGUGAUCGAUGCCCUUCAGGAACAAGAGGCGUGGUCGGCCCUCAGCCAGGAACUGUCCCUGCCACCUAGUGAGGUGUCAGAUCCAUUCUUUUGCGUGGAAAACUCAGAGACUUGCCUGGUGAACGAGGGUGAACUAUCUUCUGAGGAAAAGAUCAAAAUCAACAAUCUCCUGCGCCAUAUUCACAGUGUUACUGGACACGGCUCAGUAGAAACUUUGAUCAAGUCCCUCAAGAACCGGGGAGUUCCUGAGAAAGUUCUGGCGAUAGCAAGGGAGUUCCGCUGUCCUCUAUGCGAAGAGCGCAAGCGGGUUGUGCCUCGGAGACCUGCUACUCUGGAGACUGCACCACUGAAAUGGCAGAGGAUACAAAGUGAUCUAGGUUCUUGGACCCAUCCUCAUACACACCACAAGAUCAAGUUCAUCUUAUUUAUUGAUGAGGGUUGCCGUUUCAGAACAGGUCGCAUCUUAUUUGAGAACAGCCGGGAACAGGCCACCUGGCCCGUUGUGCGAAAAGCAUUUGAAGAGCUCUGGAUCUCGACCUUCGGGAGGCCAGAGGAAAUUCGUGCAGAUCCUGAGGGUGUGUGGCGCAGCGAUGAGGCCGCAGCAUACUGCCAAGAGCGUAGCAUGACGCUGACUCCAGUUCCGGCAGAAGCUCAUUGGCAAAUUGGAAUAGUUGAAGAAGCAAUCCAAGCGGUCAAACAUGUGUUGGAUACCCUCACCACUGAAUUUCCUGACAUGGAGCUCUCAGAAUGUUUUGCACGGGCUAUUUGGGCAUGUAACUCUCGGGACAACUCCUAUGGGUAUUCUCCAGCUCAACAUGCUAUGGGUCGUAAUCCUGAUGAAUGGGGUCGCCUCUUUACAAGUAAAGUUCAGGGACAUCCAAUACAUCCACAACAACUGGUUGAUGGGGGCUUUGGUGACAAUAUCAAAGCAAUGGCCGCAGCAGAACAGAGCUUCAGCCGUUUCCAAGCGAAAGCACGACUUGCCCGAGCCGAAGCUGCAGGUCGAAGACCCAUGAAACAUUUUGUUCCUGGUGAUUUGGUUUUCUAUUGGCGAAAACAGGUUCAAGGAGGACAAGGUCGUGGUUUUUCAUGGAGUGGUCAAUUCAUAGGUGCAGCCAGGGUGUUAGCUGUUGAGACUAGAGAGGAUGAACAAGGGCGCCUUCGACCGGGUAGUUGUGUGUGGCUUCACCGUGCCGGCCGCUUGAUCAAAGCCGCACCUGAACAAUUGAGGCAAGCCUCGAGCCGUGAAAGAGCUGUGGAAGAACUCAAGGGACCAUGCGAAAUUCCAUGGACGAUCACUUCCUUAGCCACUCACCCACACAGAAAGACUUAUUGGGACAUUUCUGCAGAAAAACCCACAGACCUACAGUGGCAAGAGGCUAGCGAUCAUCCGACAGGUGGCCGGCGGUACAGUAGCAAGAAGCGUCCGACCUUAGACCAACCUGCGGAAUCUCCACCUCAACCUAUGGAGGAUAUCGCCGCAGAUCCACAAUUUGCAGAUGACGAUGUGGAGAUGAAAGCAGAAGACACCACCACCAAACCAGUAUCCGAAUCUGAUGAGGCCAUGUUAGCGGUUGAGAUCUCCAUCGACAUACCAAAUUCAAAACGUGGUGUGAACAAGUUCAUUGAGGAUCCUGUAGCUUUUGUUGUGAAUCAGAUGAAGCGAAACACAGUAGAGGUGCGGGAGAGAACUUUGAGGGAUGAGGAAUUGGCUCAGUUUAAACUAGCAAAAGACAAAGAAGUACGUAGCUAUAUUCAAUCACAUUGUUUCAAAGUUCUACCACUUGAACAACAAGACAAAUUGGAUUCGGUUGGUAUGCGAUGGGUGCUCACAUGGAAGGGUUUGGAAGAUGGUAGUGGUGGCCACAAGGCUAAGGCCAGAGCGGUGAUCCUAGGCUAUCAGGACAGAAACUAUGAGUUCAAGCAAACGGCUUCUCCCACAUUGUCUAGGUCUGGUCGCCAAGCCUUUCUUGCGUUUUGCAGUCAAUGUCAUUUCCGUGUUCGGAAGGGAGAUGUAUCAUCGGCAUUUUUGCAGGGUGACACACUGAAGGAUGGCAUGAAGGUACAGCCCACUAGAGAAAUAUGCGAUGCCUUGGGUAUUCCUCAUGGUUCUGUUACCCAACUACAACGUGCAGCAUAUGGACUGGUAGAAGCACCAUUAUGGUGGUACAAGAGUGUUUCCAAUUUCCUCAUUUCAUUGGGUUACACACGAAUGAAAACUGAACCUUGUAUCUGGGUAUACUUUGAUGAAACAGGAACACCACGAUCAGCCAUUAGUGGACAUGUCGAUGACUUUCUAUUUGCGGGUUGUGAUGAUGACGACUUGUAUCAACAACUGGUUGCGAAGAUCAAAUCCAAGUUUCAAUGGGGUCAAUGGGAACAUAGCCCUUUUGUUCAAUGUGGUGUCAAGGUAGUACAACAUGAGGACUACAGUUUUACUUUGAGCCAACACGAUUUUCUGGAACAAUUACAUCCUAUCAAUAUUAAUCGAGAACGGUUUCGUCAACGUGAUCACGAAACUACAGAUACUGAAAAAUCUCAAAUGCGUGCGGUUCUGGGUAGCCUCAGUUGGAUUUGUGGACAGACGGACAUUUUACACAGUGUGGAUGUGAAUUUUCUUAUUUCUACAAUACCAAAGAGUACUGUGGCGGACAUUGUCAAACUGAAUCAGUUGGUCUCUGAUGUUAAACGACAUAGAGCAGAAAUUUUUAUUCACCCACUGAAGAAAGGGGAAAAGGUUGAUUUAGUAACCUGGGGUGACGCAGCAUGGGCCAAUAGGCCCGAUCAAGUCAAUAGCACAGAGGGUCUCAUUUGUGGUCUGGCACCACAGUCUCUGCGAAGGGGUGAGCUCUCCAAAGUCACCCUACUCUCCUGGAAGAGUGGGAAAAUCCAUCGAAAGUGCAGAUCACCAGCAUGUGCCGAAGUUCAUGCAGUGGUAGAUGCAGAAGAUGAUCUCUACCAUCUGAGAUACCUGUGGUCUGAAAUGCACUAUCCGAGAUCUAUGUUGGAAAAACUCUCAGCGCCUGAGAUUGUGAACCUGACUCCUGGAAUUACUAUCACUGACAGUAAGAACCUUUAUGACAAGAUCAACACCGACUCACCGACAGUGAAAGGUGAAGAGAAAAGAUCUACUAUUGAAGCACUGGCUUUAAAAGAUUCCUCUACCGAGUCAGGGACUAUGCUCCGCUGGGUUCAUUCAGAUGCCCAGGUGGCCUGUCUCAGGCGCUUCGAUUGGUUAAGCCGACUCACCCGCUUGCUGUUCCAGAGAUUCUUUCUGGGCGUUCGCGAGUAA